AUGAAGAAACUAGAUCUUAGUUCUUUAAGUUUACAAGAGGAUUUAUUAUUAGAAGGAUUUACUAAUUUAAAAAGUUUAGAUUAUAAUAAUAAUAAACUAAUUGAUUUGGAUUUGUAUGAGUAUAAGAAAUUAGAAUAUUUAGAUUGUUUGAAUAAUUAUCAAAAUGAAGAGGAAAUUAAUUUUUUAGAUGUUAGUGUAUGUAAGGAAUUAAAAGAAUUACAUGCUAAUCAUUGUGGCUUAGGAUUUUUAGAAUUGGUAGAACAAAUACAUAUUUUAAAUUUGGCUUCCAAUAAUCUAAGCAGCCUUAGACUUGAUUUAACUAAUCUUACUGAUUUAGAGUAUUUAAAUGUUAGUUUAAAUGUUUUAGAUAAUUUAAAUUUGACUAAUAAUAAAAAAUUAAAGUAUAUUUACUGCUAUAAAAAUCAAAUUAAAGAACUAAAAGUAAGGCAUUUAACAGAAUUAGAGAACUUAUUUUGUUAUCAUAACAAUUUGAAAAAAUUGGAUUGCAGUAGACUAAAAAACUUAAAAGAUUUAUAUUGUGCUAAUGCUUCUAUUGAUUUUGACAAUUUACUAAAAUUAUUGAAUGUUGAUGGUUGUGAAUUAUUAGAGAAUUUGGAUUGUAUAGAAAAUAAUGGUCUGAAUGAAUUAAAUCUUAUUAAUUUACCUAAACUCA